AGUUUUCUUGGAAACCUUUUCGUUCCUGUUUGUGAGAUUGAUGUUGCACUUAGUGAUGCUGAAACAAGAAAACCUGCAGAAAUCAAAACAGAAGAUGGUAAAGUAGAAAAGCAUUUUCUCUUCUAUGAUGGAGAAUCUGUUUCAGGAAAGCUGUCCCAUAUUUAUGAAUAAGCUUUUUGUACAAUGAUGUGCAAUCCUACCGUUGCUUCUGGUGAGAAAAGUGUUUCAGACUGGAUCCCCCUGCUUCCCCUUCCCUCUGAACUCCAAAAUCCAGUACAGGUAACAGUAAUUUUGGGCUGUCACAGUCAAAAACUUGCAUGCCCUGAAGAUAAGCCUUGCGUUCCAUGACCUGAAGUGGUUUCUGGAUUUCAUCAGAGGAGCAACAUAAGAAGUUCAGCUGACUGCUGAGUCAACAAGAGUUUUUCUUACUGGAAAAAAGAAGACAGUGAAGUUGAGAUUGCCAGAGGGAAUUCUCUACGUUCAGUAUUGCACCUAGGAACUCCUUGCCAUCACUCUGUUUUACUGGAGCCAUUCCCACUCUGAAUAUUUCUGUUAUGAUUCACUUUUCCUUCAGAAGACUUGAGUUGGAUAUUGUUGGGUUCUGAGACUGACUUCUGAAUGCCUACUUUGGUCUUGACUGACCUGUAUCACUGGGCAUCUUCCUACUCUGGCAAUACCUUUCCAUACAAAGAUCCUGCUUCUCUAGAAAGAUUCUUCCAGGGAUGUGAAGUGCCACAAGAUGAGCCUCAAACCCAGGGAACUGUGGGAGAAGCUUGUGCUCACUGUAUGGAGAGCUGUUUGUCUGUAUCACCGACGCCUGAGAGAACUCUUCAAUGACAAAAGCAAUACCCAUGAAUUUGUAAACUUAGUGAAAGAGCUGGCCUUACCCGGAGAACUGACCCAAAGCAGAAACUAUGACUUUGAAUUCAUGCAGGUUGAAAAGCCAUAUGAAUCCUACAUUGGUGCCAACGUCAGACUGAGGUAUUUUCUAAAAGUGACAAUCGUGAGACGGCUGUCAGACCUGGUGAAGGAAUAUGAUCUGAUUGUUCACCAGCUCGCUACGUACCCAGAUGUAAACAACUCCAUCAAAAUGGAAGUAGGCAUUGAAGACUGUCUCCAUAUAGAGUUUGAAUACAACAAGUCAAAGUAUCACUUAAAGGAUGUGAUUGUUGGAAAAAUUUAUUUCCUCUUAGUGAGAAUAAAAAUUCAGCACAUGGAGUUGCAGCUGAUCAAAAAGGAGAUUACUGGAAUUGGACCCAGUACAACAACAGAGACCGAAACCAUUGCAAAGUACGAAAUAAUGGAUGGUGCACCUGUUAAAGGUGAAUCGAUUCCUAUAAGAUUGUUCUUAGCAGGCUACGACCCAACUCCAACAAUGAGGGAUGUGAACAAAAAAUUUUCAGUGAGGUACUUCUUGAAUCUGGUGCUUGUGGAUGAAGAAGACAGACGAUACUUCAAACAGCAGGAAAUAAUUUUAUGGAGAAAAGCUCCUGAGAAGCUGAGGAAACAACGGACAAACUUCCACCAGCGAUUUGAAUCUCCAGAGUCACAAGCAUCUGCUGAGCAACCCGAAAUGUGAACUGGUCCAAGGUGAAAAACUUUGCAGUGCUUCAGCAGGUUAAAGAUGGCAGCAGCCUGUGGGAAAAGAAGGCCAGAAUUCCCAUUACAACUGUCUUCCUUCAUCUUGCAGUGCUGCGUUUACCAUACUACUAAAGCGUUCUUCAGUUAACCAUUCAAGUAUGUAUAUACAUUUAAAAUAAAGUGCUUUCUCAAACACUGGAACUUUCUUAAGCUACUAUUUUAUACUGCACAUUUACUUUUAUUUGAUAAUGUUAUAUGCACUUGGGUAUGCAAAAGCUUAAAUCUAGUUAUUUCCAUGCAUGGUAGGCUGGUGUAUUUGAUUUUUGCUGCUCAUCUCUACAGUGUAGACUGAAGCAUUUCCCGUCUCUCAUGUUGUUUAUUGCAUGUUUGUUUCCAAUGUUGCUUAUUUGCUUUGUUUUGUUUUGAAACUGCAUUAAGACACAAUUGACUAAAUCACACUAAAAAUCAAAGUUUAUGGUGCAUUUGUCCUAAAAUCUCCUGAUUACUGUGUUAGACAGGGUUUAACUGAAGCUGCAUGUACAUGCACUAUGAUUGGAGCCUUCAGACACCUCACCAGCGGUUCUAAAAGGCUUUGCAUCUGUCAGUAACAAAGAAUAUUGGGAAGCAUCUUUGCCCUCUCUUCCCCAGUUCUCUCUCAAACUUCUCUAAGCCUUUCACACGAGUCGCUCCUAACUUUAGGGGCUCAUUACCCAGUAAUUAGUGACUGUGGGGACGUCAUGAGUUCACCUUAGGGUGGUGAGUGGGUAAAGUAUUUGAACAUAGUUAUUGAUGAAGUAAAUGCUGGUAACAUUGAUUAUUUUGCAAAUAUGUGAAACUGUGUUUCUUUCUGGCUUCAUUGAUUCCACUGUCUUCACAGUCAGUCUCUGUCCUGGCAGGAGAGGCAAAAUGUCCUCAAAGGACAUCUUUCUGAGCCUGUUAGAGGGCAAACAAGCUUUUUGUGGUCUUCUGCAAAGAUAUUUCAAGCCAGGCAAGUCUUAAAACUUAGAAGCUUGUCUGGCACGGCAGAUUGUUUGUCUUGAUCAUCAUCUCAUAGGCAUUUAGUGUUUGAAGAAGUAGCUUAAAGGAGUUAGUGUUCAUCUGUUCACCACAGAGCGUGGGGUCUGUUCCCAGACCUGUGGCUUGGGCACAAAUCGAAGCCUGCUGUGAGGAAGGCAACUUGCACUUGUAGUUCACUUGGCUUUUAAACCAAGGCUUCUCCACUCCGGUGCAAGUGUCAUUGGUAACCUUACUUUAUGAGUAAGUAAAUAAUCAAAUUACAUUUCUGUAAGAACUGUUUUAUUACUGCGGCACUUUGAUAAAGCAAAGACUCUGUGUACUUUAUGCUAGGAUACUCCUAACGCGGAUAUCUUCGGCUGAGAGCAAAUCCAACUCCCUCAUGUAAGUGCCUGUUCAGAAACUUAAAAGAAUAAAGUUAAAAAAAAAAAAAAAGCCAAAUAUUUUCAUGGUCACUUGCAUGUCGUAAACCUGGGAACGAUGAUUUUGAACAACUUGAUUGUACUUAACCAGCCUCAGAUUGUGCAACCAUGUAUAACGAGCGGGGGGGAAAAACAUCCUAAGCUGCUAUUUGAAUUAUUAAACCAGCUGUAUUCUCACUAAA